GGCUGGAGCGGCAGAAGCUCCGCUGCGGGCUCUUUGCAAAGAGGAGAGCGCGCCUCUGCCUCUUCCUACAGGACGGAGGCUCCCGGGGGGGGGGGCUUGGACAGAGCUGGCCUUCUCGGAGGGAAGGGGAAGACCCCGACCGCGCCCGGCCGGUGCCUUCAUUGUUCGAGAGCCCGGGGAUGCCUGUAGCCUGGUUGGGCUCGAGGGUGCUGCAACGGCUGGCUGCUGAUUCCUUUGGGAGAACAGCGAGUGGCUGGCGGCUGAAUAAAACGGGGAGCUGUUUUGAGAUGGCUGAGGAGCUCAGAACUGUGGCCGGCAGCCAGGCCAAGAGGCUGAGGAGCAGCUACAGCGACAGAGAGGAGAAGGAGGAAGAGGCUGGCGAGGAGGAGGAAAAUGGGCAUGAAACGAAACGGUUCAAGACCAGUGGAGAGGACGUCGGGGAUGGGGCCAAAAGGUUCCCCAAAAGGAAGGUUGUGCUGCUGAUGGCGUAUUCAGGAAAAGGCUAUCAUGGGAUGCAACGCAAUGUGGGGAAUGCUCAAUACAAGACCAUUGAGGAUGACUUGGUGUUGGCCCUCAUUCGGUCAGGCUGCAUCCCGGAGAAUCACGGCGAAGACAUGAAGAAAAUGUCUUUUCAGAGAUGCGCCAGGACAGACAAGGGUGUUUCUGCAGCCGGGCAGAUUGUUUCUCUGAAGGUCUGGCUGAUAGAAGAUAUUUUGCAAAAGAUAAACCAUCAUCUUCCCCCUCAUAUAAGAAUUCUAGGGCUGAAGAGAGUCACAGGAGGGUUCAAUUCCAAGAACAAAUGUGAUGCCCGGACAUACUCUUACAUGCUUCCAACUUUCACCUUUGCGCACAAGGACUGCGAUUCUCAGGACGACACGUACCGCCUGAGCACGCAGAUGCUUGAGACCAUAAAUGCCCUCCUGGCUUGCUACAAGGGGACCCACAACUUCCACAACUUCACUUCUCAGAAGGGGCCCAAAGACCCCAGCGCCAGACGCUACAUCAUGGAGAUGUACUGCGAGGAGCCCUUUGCGAGGGAAGGCAUGGAGUUUGCUGUGAUCAAGGUGAAAGGGCAAAGCUUCAUGAUGCACCAGAUCCGGAAGAUGAUUGGCCUGGUCAUCGCCAUCAUGAAGGGCUAUGCCUCGGAGUCCAUCCUGGAGCGCAGCUGGGGAGAGGGGAAAGUAGAUGUCCCCAAAGCCCCUGGGCUGGGCCUGGUUUUAGAGCGUGUUCACUUUGAAAAGUACAAUAAGCGUUUUGGGAAUGAUGGGCUCCAUGAGGCCCUGGAGUGGGUGGAGGAAGAAGAGAAGAUUGUUGCUUUUAAAGAGCAACACAUCUACCCCACAAUCAUUAGCACUGAGAAAGAGGAGAAGUCCAUGGUGAGCUGGCUAGAGACUCUUCCCAACCACGACUUCAACUCCACUGCAUCAAGGGCGCCGGACAACAACAGAGAUUCAAAGAACCACGAUCCUGAAGGCAGCGAUGGAUGCGGAGAUGACUCGGACUGAACUGAAAUCGCUCGGGAGGAUAACGGCGCAUGGGUUGCUCCACACUGAUCCAGGCAACCCCUGUUCACUAGACUUGGGACCGUCUCUUCACUGGUGGUGUUCAUCUGCUUGGGUGAUGAGUGUCACUGACGACAGAAGACCGGGCCAGUCUGGGGGAGGAAGAAAAGGGACACUCAGAACAGACUACAGAACUCCUUGCUACAGCAUACGGAUGAGAAAUAAUGCCAGCUAGAGCUAAUAGUGCAUUGAUUAUGCUUAUGAAAGAAGAUGUCAGAUGAAUUAUGUCAUUUUUACUAUGUUAGAUAUAUAAGAGGAAAUAAUAAUCGGACUUUUAAGACAAGGACAAGGAUUUUAAUUUUUUUCCCCCUUUUAGUGUUAAAAUUAAGUUUCUUCCUCUUUUCUUUUAGGCUUUCUGUUGAUUUGUAUUUUGUCCCAAACUUGGCUUCUGGAAUGAGAGACUCUCUUCCUUGUGUGUGUUUGUCUCUGGUCUCCAAGAGACAAAGUAAUGUCUCUAAAGCAAACUCUUGUUGUGGAAUAUCUAUUUUCCCCUUUUCUUUUGAAAACUUGUGCUAAUUGAGUCAACUAGAGGGCUUUUAUAUGUAUAAAAAGAAUAUCUCUGCUCUUUUACAAAUAAAAUAAACUUCUCACGGCACAAUGGAGAAGAGUAAAA